AUGACGUGGCGUGAGCUUCGAAGUCGGCAGUUCUGGCACGCCAUGCUGGCCGAGCUGCUCGGCACCUUGGUGUUAGUGAGUACUGUGCUGGGUGCCUCUGUGCCAGGCCCUGGAGAGGCCCCCGUGGGACCACUGUACCCAGCUGUGGCCGUGGGUGUGGUGAUUGUUGCACUGGCACACUGUUUUGGAGAGAUUAGUGGGGCACAGGUGAACCCUGCAGUGACUCUGGCUUUUCUGGCCACACGGAAGCUGGAGGUUCUCAGGGCUGUUGUUUAUAUCAUUGCACAGUGUUUGGGGGCAUCUUUAGGGGCCGGGGUCCUCUAUCUGGCCCUGCCACAUAAAACCACUGCAGAGCACUUUGUCAACAAGGUACCAAUAGAGUUGAAUGCAGCCCAGGCUCUGGGCAUAGAGGUUUUGUGCACGUUUCAGUUGGUCUUCACUGUGUUCUCAGUGGAGGACCAGCGGCGGAGGGAGAACCCAGAACCAGGAAACCUGGCCAUUGGAUUUGCACACAGUGCUGGAGUGCUAAUAGGUGCCCGGUUCUCUGGUGCGAGUAUGAACCCUGCACGCUCUCUGGGUCCAGCCAUCAUCGUUGGAUUCUGGGAAAACCACUGGGUGUACUGGAUGGGACCAUUGCUCGGUGCUAUACUGGCCGGUCUGUCCCACGAGUUCUUCUUUGCACGCAGCGCCUCUCGCCAGAAGCUGGUGGCGUGUCUGACCUGUAAGGACAUCGAAAUUGUGGAGACGACCAGCAUGACCGGAUCAUCACUGUCCACAGUCACACAGAACGCCAUGAGAGCCAAGCAUGCCAGCAAACAAGAGAACAACUGA